GGAUGCUAAGUCUGUCUUGCUGGGUCAGCUUACAUGUAAUCAGAAGUGUGUGUGUGUGUGAUGAGGUUGUAUUUACAAACACCUGUCUAAUUGAAAGGAUGGUGAUGUCUGAAGUGUUGUGUGCUGAGUAUACGCUAAAAGUUAAAAUGUCAGACACAGCAGACGGUGUGCUGUAUGAGCCUCUGCGAGCGGAGUUUAGGAGCAAGCGAACCCAUCUACAGGGCUCAGCAGAAGGCCGAGGUCAGUUCCUAGCUUCACUGCAGAGCACCUCAACUGCCUUCCAGAGAUUCGGUAAGACGCCGGGUGUGCAGCUCCGGCCUGGAGACACGACGCUGGACACCAUGUACGGAUUUAUCAACACCUGUCUGCAGUCUCUUGUGACAGAGAAAUUUGGAGAGGAGACGUGGGAAAAGCUAAAGGCUUCUGCAGAAGUGCAAGAUGUCUUCAUGACCUACACCGUGUAUGAUGAUACCAUCACCGUUAAGCUCAUCCAAGAAGCCUGCAAGGCUCUGGAUGUUUCCAUGGAAGCCAUUCUGAAGCUCUUUGGCGAAUACUUCUUUAAGUUCUGUAAGAUGUCCGGCUAUGACAGGAUGCUACGGACACUUGGAGGAAAUCUCACAGAGUUUAUUGAAAAUCUAGAUGCCCUCCACAGUUACCUGGCACUGUCCUAUCAGGAAAUGAACGCACCGUCCUUUCGAGUGGAGGGAGGAGCAGACGGGGCAAUGCGUCUCCAUUACUACUCAGACAGACGUGGUCUGUGUCACAUCGUACCAGGCAUCAUUGAAGCUGUGGCCAAGGACUUCUUUGACACUGAUGUGGCCAUGAGUAUCCUUGAUAUGAAUGAAGAGGUGGAAAGGACAGGGAAGAAAGAACAUGUCGUGUUCCUUGUUGUGCAGAAGGCUCGAAGACAGAUAAGAGGGGCAAAGGUAAACCGGCCACGAGACAGUGAGAACAUCCAGGCCAAGCAGGAGUCUCUUCAGGGAACACUCCUUAGGAAGAAGGAGAGGUAUUUAAGCAUCCCUGUUUGCCCUGGGGAGAAAUCUCACUCAGCUGUUGUGAGGGCAUCAGUCCUGCUUGGAAAAGGGCCCCUUGGGGACACCUUCCAGCCUGUCUUUCCUGAGAGACUGUGGAUUGAAGAGGAGGUGUUCUGCAAUGCUUUUCCUUUCCACGUUGUCUUUGACGAAGCACUAAGGGUCAAGCAAGCUGGAGUGAAUAUUCAGAAGUAUGUCCCUGGAAUCUUGACCCAGAAGUUUGGUCUAGAUGAGUAUUUCUCCAUCGUCCACCCUCAAGUUACUUUCAACAUCUCCAGCAUCUGCAAGUUCAUUAACAGUCAGUUUAUCUUGAAGACACGAAGAGAGAUGAUGCCCGAAGCAUGGAAGAGCCAGCCGACACUCAAACUCCGGGGUCAGAUGAUCUGGAUGGAGUCUCUGAAGUGCAUGGUCUUCAUGUGUUCUCCAAAGCUCCGCAGCCUGCAAGAGCUGGAGGAGAGCAAGAUGCAUCUUUCCGACAUCGCUCCCCACGACACGACCAGGGAUCUCAUCCUCCUCAACCAGCAGAGGCUGGCAGAGAUGGAACUGUCCUGCCAACUGGAGAAGAAGAAGGAGGAGUUGCGUGUCCUUUCCAAUCACCUGGCCAUUGAAAAGAAGAAGACAGAGACCUUGCUGUAUGCCAUGCUGCCUGAACAUGUGGCCAACCAGCUCAAGGAGGGCAAAAAGGUGGCGGCAGGAGAAUUCGAGACGUGUACCAUCCUUUUCAGCGAUGUUGUGACAUUCACCAACAUCUGUGCGGCCUGUGAACCUAUCCAAAUAGUGAACAUGCUCAACUCAAUGUACUCCAAGUUUGACAGGUUAACCAACAUCCAUGAUGUCUAUAAAGUAGAAACAAUAGGUGAUGCUUACAUGGUGGUAGGUGGAGUACCAGUACCCGUUGAAAGCCAUGCUCAAAGAGUUGCUAAUUUUGCUCUGGGGAUGAGAAUUUCUGCAAAAGAAGUGAUGAAUCCUGUCACUGGGGAACCCAUACAGAUCAGAGUGGGAAUCCAUACUGGACCAGUCUUAGCAGGUGUUGUGGGAGACAAGAUGCCCCGGUACUGCCUGUUUGGUGACACCGUAAACACGGCCUCUAGGAUGGAAAGUCACGGGCUUCCCAACAAAGUGCAUCUGAGCCCCACAGCCCACAGGGCUCUGGAAAACAAAGGGUUUGAAAUUGUCACGAGAGGGGAGAUAGAGGUGAAGGGGAAAGGAAAAAUGACCACAUACUUCCUGAUCCGGAACCUGAAUGCCACCGAGGUUGAGAUCAUGGGGCGACCUUCAGCUCUCGCUGAUGGGAAGGAAGCAAGUACUCCUAGAAACCAAGUCAAGAAGCCCCGUGCUGUCCUGAGCAACAUGGACCACCACCAGCAGCAAGUCUACAACAGUGAUCCAGCAGACGAAGCCAGUCUCAAGAAUAACAAGAUGUGGCUUCCAGCGUAUAGUUAGAGGAAGAAUGGAGACCCAGAAGUGGAGCCAGCGCAGAGGCAACCACUGUCACCCUCUUCAAACCAGGCUAUUCACAUUGUCUUAGCUGCUUUUUGUGUUGCUGUAGUAAAACAUCCUGACCGAGGCAACUUACAGAAGGAAGGGUUUCUUUGGGCUUAUGAUUGCAGAGGGUUAGAGUCCAAGAUGACAGAACAGAGGCUGCAGGCUGCAGGCGUGGCACCUGGAGCAGCCCUUGAGAGCUCACAUCUUUUGCAGCAGGAAGCCAAGAAAGUGAACUAGAAAUGGCAUGAGGCACUCAGCUGCUGUCAUUUUUAGCAGAUAAAGUUUCUUGAGUGACAUGUGAGCCCUCAUUAUUGGGCAUUCUCCCAGGACCUAACGAUUCCCCUCUGGUUUGAUCCCAGGCGUCAAGGCUAAGAGAGGAUCAUCAGUUCAACUCUGGAGAGAGAUCACAGAGGAAAACUUGUGAUUCCCUUAUUUAGAAUCAAGGAUGAGGGGAAUUUGGGGUCCUGGCUUAUGAGAAGCUGAGAAAGAAGGUCACCCAUGAUGGCCAGGGGACAUUUCUCUCUCUCUCUUCUGUGCUCCCAGACAUCCUAGGCCUGCAUGUAUUGUCAGUCCUAUAAAGGACAAGAUGAUACAGUCAUAGAUGCACACAACAAAUGUUUCUCUUCACUCCAAAAACAGAGUGACCAGGCCAGGUACUGUCCUAGGAUUUGCUGGGUUUUGCCAGACUAAGUGCAGGAGAUCAUUCAUUUCAUUGGAUUGUGUUUAUGUCAAGAGAACCAGAUUGAAAACAUGGAAAAAAAGGAAGAUCGUUUUGGAUAGGGUUGGAAGCCAGGGAAAAAGCUGAGGAGUGGAGAAGACCAUGGAAGGCUGGAGGUGCUGUCCUGAAGCUGAAGCUGGGAUGCAGGUUGCUGGAAUGCAGGUUGCAUGGCUCCCUGGACUGGAGCUUCCUGGCAGUACCAUGCACUAAGAUGUCACAGGGUUAGAGAGUUCAAGGGAGACCGGAAUUUGGUUUUUGUUGUUGUUGUUUUUGUUUGUUUGUUUGUUUUGUUUUGUUUUCC